AUGCCUCUCACUGAGCUUGCCCUUCUUCAUCUUAAACCCACAAUCACUGUCGACAAUGCCGCUCUUCAGUCCUCCCUCCGAUCCGCAAAGCACGCUAUGGAAUCGUUCACUGGCUACCCAUUCCACUUCUUUACGCAGGUCGAAGACCCUUCUUAUAUUUACAUCAUCGGCAACUGGACCAGCCUCACCCAGCAUGUCGAUCAAUGGAUUCCCUCAGAAAAAAACCAGGCAUUGUUAGAAGCUUUAGAGAAUUUGCUUACCGUGGAGUGGAUGUUUCAUUUGGACAUUGACCAGCUGGCGACCAAGGAAGGUUCAGAAGGCAUCAUGCCAUUCUCAGCACCAAUAGUUGCGAUUGUGAGACAUUUCAUAGCCGCGGGGAAGAAGGAUAGUUUUGUGGCUACAUUCGAGAAGAAUAAGCAGUCCCUGGUCGAAUUCACGGCCCCCCAGCCAAUCUGUGGAGGGUGGAGGAUCGAUCGUGAACAGGAAUCUGGGAAGGAUGGUGCGGAGAAAGACGAGUUUGUAUUAUUCUCUGGGUGGCGCAACAUUGCACAUCAUGUUGAUUUCGCGCAAACCGAAACAUUUGAGAGGUAUAAGGAAAUAAGGGACUAUCUAGCUGCUUUUGAGGUUAAGCAUGCAACAAGAUGGGAGAUAUAG